AUGGAUCGCCCAUCUGCGGCCCGGCCGGACUUUUACUUGAUUACUGAUCAGGAUACGGUUUACGAACAAGACCUACUGCGCGAACCCGGUAGCAUCAAGCCAUGGCUUGCCUACAUCGAAUUCAAACAGCAGAAUGGCACGCUCUACGAGCAAGCUUUCUAUCUGGAAUUUCGAGCCAAACACCUUAAGGGCCGUAAUCCUACAGUGUACCGUGCAGAGUACUUGAAGGUUAAUGCUCUGUUUGAACGAGCAUUGAUUUUGUUGAACAAAAUGCCUCGCAUCUGGGAGAUGUACCUUACAUUCCUUAUGCAGCAACCCUUGGUCACACAGACCCGACGAACAUUUGAUCAUGCUCUCCGUGCCUUGCCUGUCACCCAGCACAACCGAAUUUGGAGACUGUACAAGGGUUUUGCCCGAUCUGCAUCAGGCCCAACUGCCGUGAAGAUCUGGGCUCGGUACAUGCAGAUCCACCCUGAAAAUGCGGAAGAGUAUAUCGAUAUCUUGGUUGAGAUGGGCCAAUAUACGGAAGCUGUCAAGGUCUACAUGGAAAUCCUCGACAACGCACGGUUCCAGUCUAAGAACGGCAAGAGCAAUUUCCAAUUAUGGACAGAGAUGGUUGAUCUACUAGUAUCGAAAGCCAAACAGAUUCAGACCGGCCGCCAGGUGGGGAUUGAUGUGGAUGCCAUCCUUCGAAGCGGCAUCGAUCGAUUUGCCGACCAGCGAGGAAAGCUAUGGGCUGGUCUUGCGACUUACUGGAUCACUAAGGGUAAUUUCGAAAAGGCCCGGGAUGUAUUUGAGGAGGGAAUCAUUACAGUCAUGACUGUUCGUGAUUUUACCUUGAUUUUCGACUCAUAUGUUGAAUUUGAAGAGUCAAUCAUUGGUACUUUGAUGGAGGCCGCGGCUGUUCGUUCAGAAAAGGGAAAGCUGGACGAGGAAGCUGACUUUGAUCUUGAUUUGCGCAUGCUUCGCUUCGAGCAACUGAUGGACCGUCGACCAUUCUUAGUGAACGACGUUCUCUUGCGACAGAAUCCCAACAAUGUUAUUGAGUGGGAAAAGAGGGUUGGACUAUGGGGAGACAACAAGCAGGAAGCUGUCAACACAUACACAGCUGCAAUUGCCGCCAUAAACCCUAAGAAAGCCCACGGCAAGUUCUCUGAGUUGUGGAUCAACUACGCGAAGUUUUAUGAGAAUGGCGGUGAGUUAGCAACCGCCAGGGUGAUCUUUGAAAAGGCUGUCAAGGUACCCUUCAAAUCCGUUGCUGAACUUGCCGAGACCUGGUGCGAAUGGGCAGAGAUGGAGCUUCGUGCAGAGAAUUUCGACCAGGCAGUUGGAAUCAUGGCUAAAGCUACUCAAGCGCCCAAGAAGUCGACUGUGGAUUACUUUGAUGAGACCCUGUCUCCUCAACAGCGUAUCCACAAGAGUUGGAAACUCUGGAGCUUCUAUGUCGAUCUCGUUGAGAGUGUAUCAUCCAUUGAUGAAACACGAAAGGUCUACGAGCGCAUCUUUGAACUUCGUAUUGCUACUCCUCAAACUGUCGUCAACUUUGCAAACCUUCUGGAGGAGAACGACUACUUUGAAGAUUCCUUCAAGAUCUACGAGCGUGGUCUUGAUCUAUUCAGUUAUCCUGUUGCCUUUGAGCUCUGGAAUCUGUAUUUGACAAAGGCUGUUGAUCGUAAGAUUGGAAUCGAGAGACUCCGUGAUCUCUUCGAACAAGCUUUGGAUGGUUGCCCACCAAAGUUCGCCAAGCCCCUUUACUUGAUGUAUGGAAAUCUAGAAGAGGAACGAGGUCUGGCUCGACAUGCUAUGCGGAUAUACGAACGUGCUACUCGGGCUGUCUCCGACGAGGAUCGAUUCGAAAUGUUCGAAUUUUACAUCACCAAAUCUGCAUCGAACUUUGGCCUCACAUCUACCCGUCCUAUCUACGAACGAGCUAUCGCAGCUCUGCCCGAUCAAGAGGCCAAGGAGAUGUGUCUCAAGUUUGCCGAGAUGGAGCGAAGACUGGGCGAAAUCGACCGUGCCCGUGCAAUUUACGGUCACGCCUCUCAGUUCUGCGACCCCCGUACGAAUGCUCCCUUCUGGCAGAAAUGGGAAGCCUUCGAAGUGCAGCAUGGAAACGAAGACACAUUCAAGGAGAUGCUUCGCAUCAAGAGAAGUGUCCAAGCACAAUACAAUACCGAUGUCAACUUCAUCGCAUCUCAGGCUAUUGCACGUAGUCAACAAAAGCAAGGCGAAGAGGAAGGCCAAGAAGGUGACGAAGACACGAAUCGUGCCGACGCCAUGGCUGAAAUUGAACGCCUGGCUCGGGCCCCCGUUGGCUUUGUUGCUGCUAGCACUGGCCCAGAGGGUGGUAACCGCCCUCCACCUGCUGGUCAAGAACCUCCAGCAGCUCAGGCUAAUCCUGAUGCUAUUGACCUUGAUGAUGACAUGGAUGAGUAG